AUGCCUAGAAGCUACAGUAGCUACGCUUCGCCCCCUCCUCCGUACAAGUCACCCCCAUAUACCUCCCGUACCAUAUCUUCCACGUCCCAGUACCCUCAGUCUACGACGCAGGGCACGGCAACCUACGAUUCCUGCAGCACCUCCGGUCCCAGCAUGCGGCCGGGUGCACCCAGCGAGACGUCUUCGCUCUGGAGCACCUCGACCUAUCGGUCCAAGCGGUCUCGCAAGGUUCCGGUCCUCGUCUGGGUUCUUCUCGCCUUCCUACUCGUAGUCGUUAUGGGCCAGAACACCGGAUACAUGUCGACGCUCGUGGACGACGUCUCCCUCGCCCAGAAAGCUGCUAAUAGGGUGAAGUGGCGGGCGGAGAGGGAGCGCUGGGAGGUAGAGAAGGCCCGACACCAGUACGAAGUCGACCGCGAACGCGAAACACGCCAGCACGAGCGGGAGGAACACGAGAGGGACAAGGAGCAGUGGGAACGCGACCAACGGGAGGGGCGCGAGGCACUCGAGAAUGACAAAGCGGAGUGGCACCGCCAGCAACAGGAAGAGCACGAAACGCUCGAGAGGGAGAAGGAAGGUUGGGCCCGCCAGCAGCGUGAGGAGCGCGAGGCGUUCGACAGGGAGAAAGAGGGUUGGGCCCGCGAGCGGUGGGAAGAAGAGAAGCACCGGAAGGAUGUCGAAUGGAGGCGGAGGGGAGCAUUCUGGUCAGAACCAUGGGCGGCGACCUGGCAGUGCAGCGGGUACGGGACGCGGCCGUACGCCGCGCAUCUGUGGGAUCUUCCGGGAGACGUCGACUGGCACGAGGCCUGCAUGGAUAUGCCCAUCAAAAUCAACGGUCAGUGGAUGGAUGGGCCAGCCAAUUGCCAGAGGGAUAAACGUCACAUAUGGGGAACAUGGUACGUCAACUUCGGCGAACCGCAAUGUGUCCCGUACUGGGACCCAAUCCGGUAUAUGGGAUGUAGCCCUGGUCGAAGCGGAAUGCGGCGAUACGAAGCCAGGCUCAUGAAUCUGCGCCACGGUGAUGACUGGGAUCUUAUGUGCCGUACCACGCCCGCGGACAUAUCCGGCAUACACUUCGAUCAUCCUGAUUCGUGCGAAGACAAGAACGGUCGGACUGGCGUGUGGGACGUACCAGACGGAUGGUGCUGA